UCCAGAGAUUGGCAGACGUAGAGAGAGAAAAGUUGACGGAUCAGAGCGGAAAUCGUAGUUAGAUAAUUGGAGUCUUGGAGUAUUGUAUAUAGUGGUUAUUAUUAGUACUUACUGGGGGACAAAGAUAGACGGGAUUGAAUUGCAAAUUGCAAUUAGGAAUGGCAUCGGCAUGGUUGAGUACAAACAUUGCAGCUACCGGUGCAAGUAGCAUAACGUAUGGGAUGUCUGGAAUGGUAGUAAGAGUAGCCCCCGUUGAUCCUAUAAAUGUAAAAAAUGUAAACCGUCACAAUCAUUAUCGCUGCUGCAGCACCGCCGCCAGUAGUACUAGUACUGCUAGUAUUUAUCCUCCAACGAAGCUCUCGUCGUCUUCGUCGAGGGGCAGAAAGAGGUGCUACGCUAACCGGAGGAGAGCUGAAGCGGUAAUCAGAGCUGAAGCAGAGACCCCAAUCCCAAUGGCAACCAGCGUCAUCGAGAAAUCCGGAAUCAAGAUCAUUAAAAACCCUCCUGAAUCUAGGCUCUCUGACCUCGGCGUCAGAACUUGGCCCAAGUGGGGGUGUCCUCCUAGCAAAUUCCCAUGGACAUACUCAUCCAAGGAAACGUGCUACCUACUGAAGGGAAAGGUUAAAGUCUAUCCUGACGGAUCUGAGGAAGUUGUGGAAAUUGGUGCUGGUGACUUGGUUGAAUUCCCAAAGGGUAUGAGCUGCACUUGGGAUGUCUCAGAGGCUGUGGACAAGCAUUACAGCUUCGAUUAACUGCAGUCUCGAUGCAUAAGGCUCUGCAAGUUUUACCAGCCUAUGAUUACUAGCAAAAUGGAUAUUCAACAGUGAUUAUUACUUGUCUACGUAGUCAAGCAUGCUUCUGCAGUUGUGAUGCUACUAAAAUGUUGAAAUUACAUGAAAUCUCUAAUCCCAGAAAGGCAAAAAUUGCAACUGGAUACCGUGUAACUAGUUUGUCGAAUGUAGUGUUUGGACGCUGGUUUUGUAUCAAGGAAGGCAGACUGCGGAUAAAAGAAGAUAUCUAGAAUUUUUAUAGUUACCGAUAUGAUGCCUUGAGAAUGUUAGAAUACUGUACGAACUGAGGACUUGUACCUGGACUUCCAAAUUGAGGAUAGAUUCUACUUACUGUGCA